CAAAACGUCAGGCUGUACCGCGGCUGGAAAGAAGCUCUCCUCAAGGUGAAGAUAGCUCCUCAACAUCGGCCCUUACCGCUGUUCGUCUUGCUCUGCUGAGGGGACUGCAGCCAACAAUACCAGCAGGACCACAGAUCGGAAUUAGCACACCUCCUGGCGGCAGAUCACUCGGCAGCCCGCAUAGCUCCCGCAGUUCUGAGAGCUCAAGCAGGUCUGAGAGCUCCACGACCGCCACUUCGUCAGACGAUCAGGGUUCGGGAGGGCGCGAGGAGAGGACGCUAGCGGGCGCGACGGCUGUCCCUGCAUCUGCUAGUCCCCCGGGUGCGCGGCCGCAAACAUCGCAACCAAUGAAGGAAAUGCUUUUGGGUGCCACUUCGCCGGCGGUAGAGCUCCCGCUUGGCGGUGCAACACCGUUAGGCCUUUCUGGUGGCUCGUCACUGGGAACGCCGUCGCUAGGACAUCCUCCAAGAGGUCCUUCGUUUCCUUCUAGCCUGUCGCUAUUUUUGCGCGGAAGGCGAAUUCCCUUCAGAUGCCCACGACCUGAGGCGUCGGAACAACCCGAGUUCCCGGGAGAUUGUAAUGACUGACUGGCCAAUAAGACGGAGGACACGCAUGCUACACAGAGCACUAUAUUACUCAACGCGGGGACACCUAGUGACACGAAUCAAGGCGUCCCGCGGACACGGUCCCGACGCACUGCCUGUGGUUUUCGUCAUUACUGGAAGAUUUAUUCGUAGUCCUUGUUAGUCGGAGACGCUUCUUGAACACUGGUGGGCAGCUUGCUCGCUCGAUACAGUCGAUGCGAUGCUGAUGGCGUUCCACACUAUAUUUAUUUUGCCCUUUUCCCGCUGAUGUUUCCUGGCAGAACUGAAGAGCGCGUCAGAGUGGGGGCAUCCAAGGAAAGCCAUACAUGCGCAUGGUUUGAAGGAAAUUUUGAAGGUGGCGGUAGUUGAAGUGGAGGCGGCAAGUCGCUGACUACGAGGGGGGGAGACACUGCACUUGGUGGGGACCUGCGAGCAACGUGAUUCUGCGUUAUCACGCAUACCACGACCCCAUGUGAGAGCAUUUCCCGUCUUGAUCUACACCUACUCUGAAUGUGCAAACACACCAAACAUCGCUUGAGAAAUCCUCACUCGCUGGUGUGCGUCCCGAGCUUCCUUGUGUUCCGCAUUGUGAGCACACACGGCAGACGCUGAAUCGACGCCGCGCUGUCCUUCUGACGCGACACAGGCGUGUACGUCUUUUCGGGGACUUUCACAAGUGCAAAGGUGUCGGGUCCGGAUGGACGACCUGACUGGCGGUGGCAGGCACUCCGAAUGAGCAGCGAAGAAUAAGCCUUAUUUGCUGAUGAUAGAUCCAUUAGAAGAAUGUCUACUCAAAUGCCCCCACAUCUGCUGUUGCGGUUACUUCUCCCGUGGCAUAUAUCGUUAGGUAGCUGAACUGACAGCAGUCGGUGCUCCUUCACAUAUCGUUUCGUCGACUGCUUUGUUUAGCCUCUUCAGGCGUUCAAACUUUGAUCAGCUUGUUUCUUCUUGUAUUCAUGGAUAGGUAGGUGGGCUGUUGCUUUAAGCUAGUCAUCGCACUCACCUUGUUAUGCUUCAUACCUCAAAUGAAUGCAUUCCUUUCUCGAAAAUGCACGACGAAAAACGGAGUCGGGAAGGGCUUACAUUGAACAGGUCUUGUUUGUAAAAAGACCAAAGCGCGAACCCUGCAAUCAAUCCCGAAUACACCAGGUGCGUUGAUGCGAUUGUCGGACAAAAAACACAACGUACCAGUUGUCAGCGAGAGGCCACCAGUGCAGACAGAAGUCUCCACCGUACUGACUCAGCAGAGUACACAGCUUCUGUGAAAGUACUUGCGCUCUGUUUGAUGUUCUUCUGAACGUUAGCUUGAGACAUUCCGUCCCCUUUAUGAUUAUGAACCCAGGCCCAGGCGAGGUGCCAGUUUCCGAUUAACUGCUCGAAAGCCCUAUCAGUAUCUUGCCAGUAUCGUGCCUUGAUCCAACACUCUUUUCCGGUGGGCUUCGCGUCGCGAAGGCGCCGAAUGUAUAUAUUCGGUUCCAAAAGACAAGUAGCCUGCUACAGCACAGCUUGACGAACCCCACUCCCCUUCCGAUGACGAGUUUUCGUCGCUGGUUGAGCAAAAGCGAGCGGAACCUUUGAACAAAUUGUUCAGACAUGCGCUGCAAGUAAGCUGCUGGUGGUCUGCUGACCGAUCCAGAACGAGCGGGACAGUGUUGAGAUACAGGUAUUGGAGAACGAAAGGAAGAGCUGACGCCUAGGGCGUCGACAGUAUCUCGGGCACUCUCUGGAAGUCGUAAUGCUGGUCAUUCAUCCUGUAGGGCGAAACGGUCGCUGACGUUACCACAAAGAUGCAGUGAUGCACGGGUGUUGCACAUCUUCUCGCAGGUGUGGCAGGCAACUUCUGCGUCCUCGGGCACGCAAUUCUCAACAGUUCUUUUCUACACAUUCACUUUUCUCUAAUCGGAGACCGCUCCAAUGGCCUUUUGAGUUCGUCUCUCGCACUGUUUCCCCCAAAACACGCAAUCGCCUCCCGCAGAUGAGAGGCGUCUCCAACAGCCCCCUAAGGUCACCCUCCCUUCUUACUCAAAUCAGAAGGCCAUCGGAACACACCGGAGGAAACAACAUAAUGGGAAAAAGAACCAUGGGAAGAACCCCCCUUCGCUUUCCCUCCCUGUUAGACAGCCUCUAGCCGUCUUCGUUUGUGGAUGCGAGUGGGGCCUUCCCAAAAGCCAAGCCACCGUUGCAAACAAACUUGUACGUGAUCGAGACCACACGCUACUUGCUGUUCUCCCGGUCACCGCCUUCUGGUGGUGCCACGGCGAGCAGCGAGCUCUUCGCGAGAAUCUGCAUGCUCGUGUAUUAGGCGCGUUGAUUCAAUUGCUCCUCGCGAGCUGCAGCUGCCGAGGCUUACGUGACCGGGCAGACGGCAGCGGUAAGGUGAUUCGGUUUCUGCCGCGAAAAUGUAAUGGAUGCAGAAAGGAAGCGCAUUACGUUAUCCGCUCUCCUUCCUCUCUGCAAGAGCAACUGGGAUGUAAUUUUUUGGCUGGAAAUGAUCUCGCAUCCUUUUCAGGUCUGCGCGCUCACGUGUCUUUUUCCCCAACUGGGGGUUCAGCUGAAACACCCGCUGCCUGUGCUUCACCAUUGGCACUGACGAAAAUUUCGUUUCGGUGCACAGGUUUCUUUUUCUGUGCAGUUUCUAUGUUCCCUAUCUCUGUACUGUGUCGUUUCGUCGGUUCCUCAACUAUUGGCGUGUCCGCUGUCCGGGCAUGCCCCGUGCCGGUCUACCACACUUUCCCGUCUUUUUUUACGUUCACCUGCUGGUCCAUUGCCUGUUCUUCCGUAUUAGUUUUUUCAUGUGCUUUCCCGUUCGCACGUUUCUCUCCAGUUUCCCCUUGGGAUUUACUUGUCUCUCGGAGGUCCGAACGCUUGAAACUGCCAGUGGCAGCCCCCCCGCGUAUGCUUCGGGACCCGCUCGCCUAAACACGGCAUGUCCAGUGUCCGCCGUGACAAAAUCUGUCAGGUGAAUUGUGUCACAGGCGUCGAAUUGGUUACUCGUUGUCAGCAAGUGCACUGCCUCCCUGCUGAACCUUGUCUUUGCUGUGUUCUCCUACGUGUUACCCCCUUUCUGAUUUUUCCGCUCAAACAAUGAAUGGUUUGGCAGGCGGAUUCGCAGGCACAGGAUCCGAAGGGCCUGGAGUGUACGGGAGCAACGGCGGAGCCUUUGGUCCGUCGAGCUCUUUCGGAUCUUCCCUGAUUUCAGGCACCGUGUUGGGGAGCUUAAUGAGUUCGGUCAGGAAAGUGGACGUGACUCGCGAGCUCGUCUGCAAAGGCACCGUGUCGGCGUGCGUGGGUAUUGCUCUAGGCAUCAUCGCCUCCCUAAUUGUGAACUGCACGCUGGUCGAGAUCUCGAUGUCCUCAUUCUUCUCCUUUUAUUUUGGCCUGCUCUUUGUCACCGUCGGCAGCGUCAUUCUCUGGCGCAUCCAGGUGACUAGCAAAAUGGCUGCGGACGUCUCGGUGGGUGGCGGGGAAGGCGACCAGCCCCGCAAGAUGCAGCUCCAAUUCUUUGCAGCCUUGAUUAUCGCCUCUGGAAUUCUCUGCUUCGUUCUGAAGAAGAACUGGUUUGUCGGCCUUCACCCUGUUGUCAAAGUGCCCCUCUACACGCUUCUUGGGAUCGCUGUCGCCUUUGCCCUCACCUUCUCCCUCGUCGACAUGGUAAACUACCUCCUGGGCUUUUUCCAGUCUUCCGUCGCCAAGCCCCUUGUGGAGUCCAAGGAACAAGUCAAUCUCGUGCUGUUCACCGCUUUGCUCAUGGGUGGCUUGUUCGGCUUCAUUUUUGGUGUCCUCGACGUCGAAGACGAGGUCCAGUACCACGUCCGUCUUGCCCUCUUGCGCGAACAGCAUCUCUGCUAUCCUAUAGGCGCCAUUCUCGGCGGGCUGGCUGGCCUAGGCAACGAGAUCCUGAGACAAGCAGACGAGGCGAAAUUCAGAAAACUCGCGACGGAAUUCGACGAGGAAAUCUAAACCGCCAGUCCUGCUGUUUUGGACUUUCAUGAAGAAAUCUAUGCGUCCAAGAAAAUGAGCAGCUGUGAAACAUCGGAAGAAAACGAUAGCCAGUGCGAGGGGGGGACGGGGUCUUCAGGAAAAGGGAGACACGGAUACAGAUUGGUAGAGUUCAAGGAGAGGGAAAAAGGCAGGAACAAGAUGGAAGCAGAGAUAGGAGAAGGCGACUCCGUUAAAUGAUGUGAAUUCUUUCGGUGUAACACGGGGUCUUGCUGCAUCGUGCGAUGCUGGGAGAAAGUGUCGCUGCGCUUGGGAAGGAUGGGGAGGUGCGAGGGGGACCGAGGGAAACUUCCUUCAGGCUUUUCUGAUGAAAUCGGUAAGAGAAGAAAGACAAACAGGCCGAUACCGAAAAAGGACAAUGCUCCGAAAAGCCUUUGGCGUGGGGAAAUGAAGGUCUGGGAAUAAGAAACGGCCUCUUCACAGACGCGUAGAGAAAGAGGCGUCCAUACCCACCCGUGUGUGUAUAUACUGACUGGUGUCUGAGAGAUGAGCUGUGCCUCCGUGCACAUAUGUAUACAUAUCGGUUGUGCAUGCGUUCGUGGGUAGAAACCUGCGUUUUGAGAUGAUGUUAGGGUGUUGCAGAGUACCGAUGUACACGCGAAGAUCACUUCCAUGCAUAAGGCAAACUGUUGCACAAAACCUAUAAGUGACUAUUUGCCACUAUGUAGAUUCAAUUCUGUGUAAGUGCGUGGUUAGCCUGCGUGUCUUCAACACUUGCGACUCUCUUGGUCGUGGUGUCAGUGUACAAGGACUUUUUUGAGUAUACAUGUACAGUAUACAUAUACAACUAUACGCGUAUGCGUGGAAGCUUGUAAGCAGAAAAGCAAUGCCCGGCACUGUUGAAAGAGGAACCAUGCUUGAUUAAACGCUGAAGCGUUUAGGAGACUGUCUCCAGCCUUUCUCCUCAUUGCAUGGGACUCGUUUAGCGAGGCGAGAGGGUGACGUGUCUAUAGUCAGACGGACCAUGUCGCUGCUCUCGUUUUUUCGCGUUCGUCUCCCGAGGGCUUCCGUGGAAGCAUCCGGCGGCUGCCCUCUCGGCGAGUGUCCUCGCUUUUCAUCUAUUCCAGAACUUUGUACAUGUUCGGAAAUACUCUUAGGGGUUCCCUUUUUUCUCAAAGAAACUGGCGUCAUGCAGGGCCAACGUGGUCGCUUCUGUGUUGUUUGUGUUCCGGUUUUACGGGGAGUUGAUGCUUAGGGUCUCGUCUUCCUUAUCAGCCCUCUCCUCCUUUCUUGGGGCGUACCUUUCUCAUCUAGGAGCUGCCUGUGAGUUGAUAAGUUGGCGAAUCUUCAGUGCCUCUUUUCGCGGUUUGAUCGCCGUGGUAGCACUGACAAACUUCACAAACGACCCGAAACUUCGACACUCAUUCACGAGCGUCGUGCCUGUCCACCAGGGUGCUCUGAUAACGCUUACAAGCACUCUUUUGCAGACCCGCCCACUCUGUGCGUCGACAGUGUUGAUCCGCUGAGCACCGACAGCGUUUCGCUCUUUCGCAGGUUACACUCUUUUAGUCUGAUUUUAAGUAAGCCGUGAGCUAAACUUGACAGUCUAAACCAUUCGUCCAACUCGUGGUACGUACUCCUGAGAAAAAAGGUUGCUUUUGUAAACUAGGAACGUGUCACAUCGUACUCACAACCCUGGCUCACAUUUCCACUGAAUGGUAUAUAUCUCGAUUAAGGGAAUCAGGGAAAUCGUGACCUAAAAACGUAGUGAAGUUUAUAACUACUUCCAUUUUUAUCGUUUGUAGUGAAGGAAUGUUCGCAGGUACUCUCAAGCUAUUGCAUAUGAACACAGGAUGCUCGCCGUGAACGAAGGAUCCCUUCUGGCGCCAUUUGCACGCUCAGCAGUUUGAGAGGAUGACGAAGUGUCGCCUUUCACCCUUCGAGGUAGAAAAAUAAACGUAAAUCGCGGGAAGCCGUUCCUUACAUGUCCAGGAUAACCCUGUCAAACGAAUUAUACAAGGAUCGGCACCAUUCAAAUGUCCACUCUGUGUAUGGAUCAACUCUCGUUUUCAAAGCGUUGUCUGGUUCCCGCAAAUGCUGUCCGUCCCACCCGUGUCAAUGAGAACACUGAGGAUAAUGAUUUCCACGUUUGUUUCUGAGUUAUAUAACGGUCACAGGACUCAGCGGGAAUGUUCAAACGGAAAUAACUGGCACUCGUCGUAUUUACUCCGCAGAGAAAUGUCGCUUCUCUAAACCUAGCAGUCCAUUUUUAUCAUGUGAAACAGGAAGUCAACUUGUCGGGAGCGGCUGUUUUGUUGAUUUUGUGGGCACAGUGACAGCGAGCAAACCAGGAUGCUGCUAGGAGGGGUGACUUUUCCUGUGUUUGCAGAAACAGGAUUCUCUGGUCGUUUCCAUCAACUGUACAUCUCUGGACUUUUUUCCGGUCAAACGAUACCGGCAUGCCGAACUGCUCCAAGCCCCCUGCACUGAUUACUAACCGGGUCCCGGUUCUACUGUGUUACGAAGGAGGGCACUGGCAUUGAUUUAUAUAGGUGUGAUAGUUCCAUUAAACCAAACUGCUCAUUUGAAAGAGCGGAGUGCAUCUCUCUUGCACAUAACUCUAUCCUUUAAGAAGUCCGCUGCACCGGCGAACUGCUGUGAAUGUGGGGUUCGAAAGAUCAGGUUCUCCAUUCAAAGCCUUGUCGCGAUGAACACUCAUCCCAGAAGAAUGCAUUAACAACACGGAAAAGCCCGGUAAAUCUGCAAGGAAACUUUAUGGACGAAGACAGGUGGAAACGACCCUUGUGGCCGCAGGACAGCGGGUUCAAAGAUGUUUCCAGGUUAGGGGAAACUCGGCGUUUCUGUAGUUUUCAGAGCUACGACUCCCUUUUUGCUCACUUCCGAAAGAGGUGAACCGACAGACGCAGCGACCAUCAAAUGCACUCGUAACGAGUGACUCCUUAGAGUCCAAUCAAUCAAAAAGUGCUUCCGUAAAGAGCUUAGCGCGCACGCACGCAC